CGGCAGUCUCGGCGACCACGACAACAGCUUCUUUGUUUAUUCUCCUCUUUUCUCGUCGACUUCUUCUUAUAAUCGCAGUUCUGAGAAGUUGGAAACAAUUCGAAUUGUUCGGUAGAUAAUAGAGAUAGGGCGAUUAACCUGAGUGUUGAAUUUGGAAAUGGGUACCAAAGAUGAUAUAGAAACGGAUCAGAUGAGUGCCAAAAAGCGUGGAAAGAAAGUGAAAUCUAAGAAAGCGGAAGCUGAGGAGCAUGAAGAACAGCUUAAGAUGGGUACCAAAGAUGAUAUAGAACCGGAUCAGAUGAGUGCUAAAAAGCGUGGAAAGAAAGUGAAAUCUAAGAAAGCGGAAGCUGAGGAGCAUGAAGAACAGCUUAAGAGGCUUCAAGAAACACAAGCUGAUUUUUAUGAGUAUAUGAAAGAGCAUGAUGAAGAGCUUCUAAAGUUUGAUGCUGCCGAAUUUCAGGAUGAUGCUGAUGUUGAAGCUGAUGCUGAUACCGACGUGGAAGACACUGAAAAGCAAAGUGUUGAUGAAACACCGAAACUUGAAAUUGCAAAGAAAGUUAACGAGCAGAAAACUAUUACAGCAGCCAUGGUUGAUUCAUGGUGUAAAUCAAUCCGAGAAGACGCGAAGCUAGGUGCAGUGCGUUCUAUCUUGAGAGCUUAUAGAACUGCCUGUCACUAUGGUGAUGAUACCGGGGACGAUCAGUCUGCAAAGUUCAGUGUUAUGUCGAGCGCUGUGUUUAACAAGAUAAUGAUAUUUGUUCUAAGUGAAAUGGAUGGGAUUCUUCGUAAGCUGUUAAGGCUUCCUGAAACUGGAGGAAUGAAAGAUACUAUAGUGGAGGUGACAAACACAAGGCCUUGGAAGAACUAUAAUCACUUGGUCAAAUCAUAUCUUGGGAAUUCCCUUCAUGUUCUUAAUCAGAUGACCGACACAGGAAUGAUAACUUUUACUCUGCGUCGCCUAAAACACUCAUCGGUUUUUCUAUCUGCUUUUCCAAGCCUCUCAAGGAAAUAUAUAAAGGUUGCACUUCAUUUCUGGGGAACCGGCACUAGCGCCAUCUCUGUUGUUUCGCUGUUGUUCCUGAGAGAUAUGUGCAUACGCAUUGGAACUGACUGUAUAGAUGACUGCAUCAAGGGAAUGUACAAAGCGUAUGUGUUGAAUUGCCAGUUUGUAAAUGCUGCUAAACUGCAGCACAUAUCGUUUCUUGGCAACUCCGUCAUCGAGUUUCUCGGCACUGAUAUCUCUGCUUCGUAUCAGCAUGCGUUUGUCUUCAUAAGGCAAUUGGCAAUGAUCCUGCGUGAAGCACUUAACACAAAAACAAAAGAAGCAUUUCGGAAAGUGUAUCAAUGGAAGUUCAUCCAUUGUCUUGAGCUUUGGACAGGAGCUGUAUGUGCCUACAGCAAGUCUGAACUCAGACCAGUUGCUUAUCCACUAGCCCAAAUAAUAUCUGGUGUAGCACGACUUGUUCCCACUGCUCGCUAUAUUCCCCUUAGACUAAGAUGCGUUAGUAUGCUAAACCGGAUUGCUUCUUCAACUGGUACCUUUAUACCCGUCUCAAUGCUUCUUAUGGACAUGUUAGACAUGAAAGAGCUCAAUAGACCUCCCUCUGGAGGUGUUGGCAAAGGUGUUGAUUUACGCACGCUACUCAAGGUAAGUAAACCGGCAGUGAAGACGAGAGCGUUUCAGGAGGCAUGUGUUUAUUCUGUAGUGGAGGAGCUUGUGGAGCAUUUGUCUCAGUGGAGUUAUUCCGUUGCGUUCUUAGAACUGUCAUUUAUUCCGACCAUAAGGCUUCGUAGCUUUUACAAAACCACUAAAGCUGAGAGGUUUAGGAAAGAAAUGAAGCAACUCAUUAGCCAGAUUGAAGCUAACUCAGAUUUUGUCAACAAGAAGAGAGCGUCGAUUAAUUUUGUACCCAAUGAGCCUGCUGCUAAAUUUUUCCUUGAGGAUGAUAAGAAGGCAGGGAAAAGCCCUCUAUCGCAAUAUGCAAAGAUUAUCCGCCAAAGAGCCCAGCAAAGAAAUGAAUCGCUGGUGGAAUCAGAUGUCAUUGUGGGAGAGAACUCGGCUGUCUUUGGGAAAAAUGCACCAAGCAGCGAUGAGGAAGAAGAUGAAGCAGAUAGGAUCGAAAAGGGUGCUGCAGCUUUCAGUUCCUCCUGGUUACCUGGAAGUGACUCCAAAGAAAAAGAGGUGGAAGAAGAGAAGAUCAAGAAGAAGAAAAGGAAGAGGAAGAGCAAAACAGAGCAGAAGAAACAGGAUGAGGAAGGCGGAGCAGAAGAUGAUGUUGUGGAGGAUUUUGUGUUGAGUUCUGAUGAAGAAGAGGAUGAUCUGUUUGAUAUUGGAGGAGACAAUGAUGAGGAUGAUGAUGCAACAGAUGAAAUUGCAGAUGCUGAGACCAAGACAUCUACCAAGAACUCGAAGAAGGUUAAGGGUACUUAUAAGACCUGGCAUAAGAACUACAAGAAGACAAAGAAGAAGAAGCCACGAGCAGCUUAGUUCUUUUCUUCUUCUUCUUAAAUGUUGUGAAAUUACUUCUUUUUUUGGGAUGUUUGCGAAACAGCAUUAAACAAAAUUUUGGGAAAAGAAGCUAAUAUAUCUCCAAAUUUAAUGAUUAAAACUGGAAUUUUU